AUGUAUGAUGAUAUUGCGCAAGUAAAGGAAAAAACGAAUAAACUGUUUGAUGCUGUUCUCAAUUCAAAUGCUACUAAAAUAGAUGACUUUAUUUUAGUCACUUUUAAUGAUCCAGGUACACAAUUAAGAACAAUAACAAGAGAUAGAAGUGAGUUCAAGCGAGCUUUAGCUGCAAUUAAUGUGGACGGUGGGGACGACUGUCCAGAAUAUGCAAUGACCGGUAUAGAACUGGCACUGGAAAAGAGCAAGCCGAAUUCGUUUUUCUACGUGUAUACAGACGCCGCGGCUAAAGAUUACGCACUUUUUGAUAGAGUCAAAAGCUUAAGUCUUAAGAAAUCAACUAAGGUUACUUUUCUACUGACGGGCGAGUGUCCAGGUUUUAAUCAUGGAUUUGUUGUUUACGACAAACUUGCAGCGGCAACGUCAGGAGAAGUUUUUCAUAUUGAAAAACAUGACAUCAACAAGAUUAUAGACUACAUUAUUGAAUCUGUAAAACAUGUUAAAACCACGCUGGCACAAAAGUUCUUCGUACAGGGUUCGGGAAAAACCAUGCAAUUUAAUAUUGACAGUAAAUCGUGGGAUAUUAUGGUAUCUGUAUCAGCAGCAACUCCCAAUUUUCGUGUAAUUGGGCCCGAUGGUGCAUUAGUAGGUACAGAAACGGACAAAAGUAUAACAACAAAAAAAACAAGGAUAGAAAAAUUAAAAGCCAUUCCUGGACUACACACUAUUUUUUUAGACACUAAUGGUCCAACAUCAGUAAUGGUGACCGCUUCAACAUCUGUAACAUUUGAACAUGGAUUUUCGACUAUCCAACCGGAAUCUUUAAAUGAAACCGCUACCAAGCCCGUACCAGGUGAGAAGUCGUAUUUAGCAAUAGCUUUGGAUAAUUAUAAAAAAGACGUAACAUUAAAAACUGUUGAAGUUCGAGACCCAGACGAUAAUGUAAUUUAUACAUUUCCACUUAAGUUGAUCAACGAAGAUACUCAAUUUUAUGUGACGGAAGCGUUUAUGCCACCAAACAAAAGUUUCAAACUAGCGGUUGUCGGCUACACAGAAACUGGAGAAAAAAUUGUAAGAGUGGGAUCGACAACAAUUGAACUACAAGAUGUUAAAUUAGAAAAAGAAAUCGUGAGCAAAAAACCUACUGCUACUAUUAUCGGCGAACCUAAACUCAUUGCUGAAUACAACGAAGCACUUACUAUUAAAUGUAAAGUACAUGCGUAUCCGAAACCUGAUGUUAUAUGGCAAGAUUCUACAGGCACUACCUUGGCAUCUACAAUUGUACCUGUUGAUCUGCCCUAUGAUUAUAUAAGUACUAUAAACUUAGAUAAAGUAAUCGAAAGCUCAACGCUAACAUGCAAAGCUAUUAACUUUAAAGGAGAUAGUGAAGUCACAGUUAAUGUCGAACCAAAAACUUUUUUACAAGUCCUAGAACAACCUAAAGAUACAACUAUUAGAUAUGGUGAGUCAGUUACCUUCAAAAUUAAUGUCGUUGCAAACCCACCUCCAAAAAUAGUUUGGUUCAAAAAAUCAACUGAAAUCACUUCCAACGACGACUACGACUUGUCAUCGGACAAUUCGUCAUUGACUUUAAAAAAAAGUAAUUAUCAUCACGGAGGGGAAUACAAAAUUGAAGUAUCGAAUGGUUAUCAUACGGAAAAUAUAGCUUUUAAAGUGUCAAUAUAUGCAGAAUUGCCUAAAAUAGACGAAAGUAAUAGCGAUCUUGUCUUUGAAGAAGGCUCUAAUGUGGUCAUAAAGUGCAACGUAACACGUGGUUUCCCCAAACCUAAAAUAGUUUGGUCUUUUAAAUAUGAUGAAUCUUCAGAAUAUUCUGAUUUAGAUGAAAAAUCGGAUACUUUACGACUUGAAAAUGUCAAAAAGGAUAGCACGGGGACUUACAUGUGUACAGCUAUCAACGAAAUAGGAAAAUAUACCCAUGAAAUUGAUUUAUUCAUUGAAUAUCCACCAUCAAUUGAUGGUAAAGAUGAAAAUAUCAAAGCAUUAAAAGGAAACAAGGUGUCCUCGAAUUGUCCUUCUGAAGGCGAACCUUCUCCCAGUAUCAAAUGGUUUAAAAAUAACGUUGAGAUCAGCAACUCGGCAACACAUCGCAUUUAUAAUGAACGCUUGCGUUUUAAAGCAUCAUUUAGCGACAAUGGCAUUUAUACUUGUGAAGCUACCAAUCCUCUCGGAAAAGCAAAAAAAGACUUUCAUGUAAAUGUAUACGCGGCAGCAUACAUAAUACCUCCUAAAGAAACAGUUAUAACUCUUAAUGUUGGAAGUCCGCUGUCAUUAUCUUGCGAAGCUUACGGAUAUCCGGAGCCGGAAGUACAUUGGACUUUUUACGAUUCCAUUUCAAAAGUUACAUCGAAUCCUUUACGAGGUGACGAAAAGAAUUCUAUAAUAAUACCACGAAUUCAAAUAGAAGAUGAAGGGUUGUAUGUAUGCAUGGCAAAUAAUAAAGGAGGAUCAGCAUAUCUUUCAUAUGAAGUUCAUGUUACAGCACCACCAUCGAUAGUUAACACUCUGAAAGAUAAAACUUUGAUAGGCGUUGUUGGGGAUUUAGUACUAAGAAUUCCAUGCAAGGCUGUGGGCAGCCCCAAACCUACUAUUACAUGGAAGGUUGAUGACGACUAUCUAGCUGUUGGUACAGAUUUUUACGACAUUGAUGAGGAUGGAACAUUAUUGAUAAAAAAUUUAACAAAAAAAUCAGCAGGAACUUAUAAGUGUAAAGCUGAAAAUAGUGCUGGCUCCGAUAUUGAACAAUUCAAUGUGGAAAUUCAACAAUAUCCAUAUCCUGACCAACCGACUGAGAACAUACUGCUAGAAGAAGGAACUUCUACUAAUAUUAAAUGUGAUCUACCUCAUAAAGAAAGAGACCUGGUGCACUGGUAUAAGGAUGGGAAAGUUAUAGCUACUAAUGACCUUCAACUUAAAAAUGUAUUAAUAAAAGAUUCCGGUAUUUAUACAUGUAGAGUCAGCAACUUUAUGAACUCUUAUUCUUCCCAUAAAAUGAUAACUGUUGGCCAGAAACCCAAAUUCUUGAAUGAGGAAGAAACAAAUGUUGAGUUCUCAGAAGGAUCAACAACCAUCUUGGGAUGUGGCGCUAUUAGCUACCCGCCACCAUCUGUAAAAUGGUAUCACAACGGCCGUGAAAUUGAUGAAAUUUCAAUGAAAAGGUAUCUCGAAAUGACUCUCAGUGAUAUUGGAAAUUAUACGUGUAAAAUAAGCAAUGCAUUUGGUGAAAUAACAAGGACUUUUAAUAUCAACCUACAACUCCCGGAAGAAUGUGUUUUGAAUGUUGAAAAUGAUUUUAAUGGACAACAACCGUUUAUUUUGACGAAUAGAAAGCAGUGGUAUCCAUUUAAGAAUAUCGAGGGCUUUAUAAUAAUACCAAAACUGCGUCGUAUACACUUAUUCUGUCCAGGAAGCUAUGUAACCGAUAAAACGUCUAGUUUUACUGAACAGGUUACAGCAACAUGCAUAGAAAAUUCAAAGUUUAAAAUAAAUAGUAAAAUUGUUGACUUCAAAGACUUGAAAUGCUUUAAAGAAAAUAAACCAUUAGCAAAACUCAUCGGACCUAAUUGCGGUUUAGAAACUGAAAAUACACAGUUGGUUACUGUUGGCUUCAAUAUUCGAACCGAAUUUCUGGGCGUCUAUGACGUUUGUAUUGACCAAGAUAAAAAAGUACCUAUUUUUGCAAAUUAUAAAUUAUAUCCAUCCUCUGCAAAUGUAAUUCCGAAGGAUUUACUGGAUACCAAAUUUACGGAAAGUAAGCAUUUACCAUUUCAAUUUGAUUAUAUGUACAACUGCAGUAAUCAGCUGCGUGCUUUUAUUACUCUACGAACAACCCCAGCUGAUGAUAAUAUAUGUUGUUUUACUAAAAGACAAUUAGUAAGUCCUAAAGACGUUCUGCCUGGUCUUCCUCAACUAGCUACAUAUAAUUAUUUAAAUGUAGUACCCCAUUGGAGUACAUGUGGAACAGAGAACUGGGAUGAAGUAGAACUCCGAGUUAGACAACUCGUGAAAAGUCUCAAUAUGAAUUUAGAGGUUUGGACAGGAUCAUCUCAAACAAUAAAGGCGACAGACAUUACAACGACAUACUUAUCGGAUGAAUAUAAUGAACAACCGAUAUCGCCGUAUUUAUGGAAGGUACUGCAUAAUCCUGAAAAUGACGAAGCGCUUGCUAUUAUUCAAAUCAACAUACCCAGAUUGACGCUAACUGAUGCAGUAAAAUAUAUACCAUGUAAAGAUAUAUGCCAUGAAACAGAAUGGAUGAGAAAUCCUAAUUGGUACAUUAUGAGCAAAGGGUUAAUUAUUUGCUGCAGCUUAGAAGAUUUCCAAACAGCCUUCGGUUAUACAGAACUAUUCAUAAGUGCAUCUCAUAUUUUGGCACAAAAUGUUAUUCCAAGACAUUCCCUAACAAAA